AAAGCUUCUCAAUCAGAUAGAAUAAUAAGAGCAUCUCAGAGACAGUGACAGACACACUAAUCCACUGUCGUUUUGACGUAUUUUCCUCAAAAAAUCCAAAAUAAAAAAAGAGAGGCGUAAUAAGAGGUCUGGAUUCGUCAAAGAAAAGUCUUCCCAGAAUCCACACGACUCCCUCCUUCCUCCUUCUUCAACUCGCCGGAUCUUCCUCACUCCGAUCCACUUCCUUCUCUUCAUGGCUUCGUGAUUCCGUGUUCCAAAGGGUUAAUGGUUGAAGACGAAAGAUGGAGACUUUGUUUAGCUUCAAUCUGAGGGUAGUAGUUAUUAUUAUAGUUUAAGAAGAUGGAUGAAGAGGCUUCUUCUUGGAUUAGGAGGGCUAAGUUCUCCCAAACUGUUUCUUACCGUCUCAACUCCUCAAAGUUAGCGUCUUUCCCUGUUAAACUCAACCAAGAGAAGAAGCUCCCCGCACUCAAACCAAGACCUGACACGUCAUCAUCAUCAUCAUCCACUAGUACGCAAGCUGAUGUGUAUGUUGUUGAUUCCCAAGUACAGAGAAACCCUGUAACCAACAAGCAGAGAUCUGUUUCCCCUUCCCCUCAGAUGGCACUUCCUGAUGUGUUUAAGGAAGCUAGGUCCGAGCGUCAGAGGUUCUCCACUCCUCAUCCGAGAAGAAUGGACUCUGAAAAGGGUAUGAAGCCGAAGCUCUCACAUAAAAACUCCUUUGACAAGAGGAGAUCGUUCAACUUGCGGUCUCCGUCUGUUCCCAUCAGAGAUUUAAGCACUCUGAGGAUUCAGGAGAGGGUGAAGAGCAUGAAGGACACGGGAUGGUCCAAGAUUUUUGAUAACGCUGGCCGUAAAGUGAGCGCUGACGAUGCUGCUGAAGAGUUCCGUAUUGACACGUCCAAGCUUUUCUUGGGGCUUAGGUUUGCUCAUGGGCUGUAUAGCAAACUGUACCAUGGGAAGUAUGAAGAUAAAGCUGUUGCUGUGAAGCUUAUCACUGUCCCUGAGGAUGACGAGAAUGGAUGCUUGGGUGCUCGUUUGGAGAAACAGUUUACUAAGGAAGUCACACUUUUGUCACGCUUGUCGCAUCCAAAUGUUAUUAAGUUUGUGGGAGCGUAUAAAGAUCCGCCUUCGUACUGUGUCCUCACGGAGUAUUUACCUGAAGGGUCUCUAAGAUCGUAUUUGCACAAGCCUGAGAAUAGGACUCUUUCUUUGAAAAAGCUGAUCGAGUUUGCUUUGGAUAUUGCGAAAGGAAUGGAGUAUAUUCACUCACGGCGCAUUAUUCAUCGAGAUCUUAAGCCGGAAAAUGUGUUGAUAGAUGAAGACUUCCAGCUGAAGAUUGCUGACUUUGGGAUAGCGUGUGAGGAGGAGUACUGUGACAUGUUGGCUGAUGAUCCAGGGACUUAUAGGUGGAUGGCUCCUGAAAUGAUUAAAAGGAAACCUCAUGGGAGAAAGGCUGAUGUUUACAGCUUUGGAUUAGUUCUUUGGGAAAUGGUAGCUGGAGCUAUACCUUAUGAGGAUAUGAAUCCUAUUCAAGCUGCUUUCGCAGUGGUACACAAGAACAUUAGGCCGGCUAUCCCUGAAGAUUGUCCAGCAGUUAUGAAAGCUCUGAUUGAGCAGUGUUGGUCGGUUGCACCGGACAAGAGACCGGAGUUCUGGCAGAUAGUGAAAGUACUUGAACAGUUUAGGGUUUCACUGGAACGUGAAGGGAGCUUGAAUCUGACGUCAAACAAGAUCUGCAAGGAUCCAAGAAAGAGUCUGAAACAUUGGAUUAAGAAGCUUGGACCGCAAGGAGGAGGAACAGCAGGAGGAGGUGCAGGAGGCAGCAGCAGCAGCGGCGGCCUUGGUCGCUCUGCCAUGCCUAACCCUAAAUUCGCUUGAGAGAUUUGAAGUCUCUCUUCUGUAUAUUAUAUAUAAAGAUACCAAAAAGGGUUCUGUGUUGUGUCCUGUUUGUGGGUUGUGAUGUGAUCUUUUCAUCUUCUUCUCUAGAUUUGUUGUGUAAUGACAAUCAAACUGGGGAAUGGUUUGUGAUUCGAUGUUUAUGGGAUUCAUUAUCGUUUCUCUACUAGUGCACAAAUACUGUUAAGACUC